GUCCUCCCCACAUGGCCAAGUGAAACACCCCUUGCCUCUGAGACCCCCUAUAUAUACGCCCCUUGCUGUGUCCCUCAGCACACAUCCUCCACACACAGCACAAGUUAGUGACACAGCAACCUGGGGAGGGAGAGAGGGAGAGAUACACAGAGAGAGAUGAGAAGGAAGGCCACCUUCACGGUGGGAAAGGCCAAGGGGGUGGUGGCAUCGCUGAUGCACAGGAGGCCCUUCCAGCACAUGGUGCUGAGGAGGCUGAGGGAGCUCAAGAAGAUAGUCCCGGACGCCCGGGACGCCGAUGUCGACGUGCUGCUCCGGCAGACCGCCGAGUACAUCUGCAUCCUCGAGCUCAAGGUGGCCGCCCUGCGGAGGCUCUCCGCCAUCUACGGCGCGUGAUGGGAUGCCGCGCCUCCGUCUCGGUCCGGCCCACCGCAGCGCCCAUGGUUAGAGGUUUUGAGCCCCAGAGUGGAUGCAAUUGUGCAUUAGUUGGGUAGGAGGAACAUUUCUUGCCUGCUCAUCUCGUGUACCCCCCACACCCCCUCCAGUAGUACUACGUUUUGUGAGCUGUGGCUCCUGUGUGCGGUCACACAUGGGAGUUUGUUUGGCAGCAGAAGCCGGCCAUUGUUACUGACAAGGCAAUGGCUGGUGUUGGCUACAAGAACAAUUAUCUAAGCCCCUCCCUGCAUCUUAUGGAAUAUAUAGUUGUUUCUAUUCA